AUGUCAUUACCAAAUCUCUUCUAUAAAUACGUCGCCAGAAACAACAGUACUUGGAUGGCUGCUGUUGUCGUCGGUGCAUUCGCUUUAGAUACCACCGUUAACGGUACUGUUAAUGUUAUUUUUGACGGUAUCAACAAAGAUAAAUUAUGGAAAACUGUUUAUGCCGAAAGAGUUAAAAAAGGUAUCUCACAAUAA